GAUGGCUACAGCUUUCUUAGGUUAUGUUUUACCAUAUGGUCAAAUGAGUGGUUUUUCAGUUAAUAAUGCAACAUUAAACAGAUUCUUUGCAUUACACUUCUUAUUACCAUUCGUAUUAGCUGCAUUAGUAUUAAUGCACUUAAUAGCUUACCACGAUGUAGUAGGAUCAGGUAAUCCUUUAGGUAUAUCAGCUAAUUAUGAUAGAUUACCUUUUGCACCUUACUUUUUAUUUAAAGAUUUAAUUACUAUCUUCUUAUUCUUUAUAGUAUUAUCUAUAUUUGUUUUCUUUAUGCCUAAUGCAUUAGGAGAUAGUGAAAAUUAUGUUGUAGCUAAUCCAAUGCAAACUCCACCUGCUAUUGUACCAGAAUGA